UGCCCCGCGGGAGGAGGAGGCGGCGGGGGCGGGCUGCGCCCCCGGAGGGCUCCCGCAGGUGGGGCCGCGCCACUCCGCCCUGCGGUGCCGCGGGUCUCUCCGGUCGGCGCUGCAAUCCGCACGGCUGGGUCCUCCGGCACGUAGGUCGUGUUCGGCCUGAGCAGAGCCGCCUCACUGGAAAUACCUCCACGGUUUUCGUGUGCGGAAGGGGUACAAGAAGAUGCUUCAGUGGUGAUACCUCUUUCACAAUGCAAGUUAUGAAUGAGAUUCAUUAACUAACAUCCCCUUCCUCACCCUGAUCUCCAAUAGACUUCCUGUAACGCUUGGAAGAAAAGGUCAGGGGAGAAGGGUUGAAGGUCACCAUGAAGCUGAAGCAGCGAGUUGUGCUGUUGGCCAUCCUCCUUGUCAUCUUCAUUUUCACUAAAGUUUUCCUCAUUGACAACUUGGACACCUCAGCUGCCAACCGGGAGGACCAACGCGCCUUUCACCGUAUGAUGGCAAGCCUCCAUGUAGAACUGGACCCCCGACUUGACCAUACGUUGCAGUCCCCUUGGGAAAUUGCAGCCCAAUGGGUGGUGCCCCGGGAGGUGUAUCCCGAGGAGACGCCCGAGCUAGGGGCUGUUAUGCAUGCCAUGACAACCAAGAAAAUAAUAAAAGCUGAUGUGGGAUACAAAGGGACCCAACUGAAAGCUUUGCUAAUACUUGAAGGAGGACAGAAGGUUGUCUUCAAACCCAAGAGAUAUGCCAGGGAUUAUGUCGUGGAAGGAGAACCGUACGCUGGCUAUGACAGACACAACGCAGAAGUGGCAGCCUUUCACUUGGAUAGAAUUCUGGGUUUCCGACGAGCUCCACUGGUGGUUGGCAGGUUUGUGAAUCUACGUACGGAGAUCAAACCGGUUGCCACAGAGCAGCUUCUGGGUACCUUCAUGACUGUGGGUAAUAACACUUGCUUCUAUGGGAAGUGCUACUAUUGUCGGGAAACAGAACCAGCUUGUGCAGACGGGGACAUCAUGGAGGGGUCAGUGACUCUGUGGCUACCAGAUGUCUGGCCUCUUCAGAAACAUCGGCACCCUUGGGGCAGGACUUACCGUGAAGGCAAACUUGCCAGGUGGGAGUAUGACGAAAGCUAUUGCGAUGCUGUGAAGAAGACUUCACCAUAUGAUUCGGGCCCUCGUCUCCUUGAUAUCAUUGACACCGCCAUCUUUGACUAUUUGAUUGGGAAUGCUGACAGGCAUCACUAUGAGAGUUUCCAGGAUGAUGAAGGAGCCAGUAUGCUCAUCCUCCUGGAUAAUGCCAAAAGCUUUGGAAACCCUGCCCUGGAUGAAAGAAGCAUCUUGGCUCCUCUUUAUCAGUGCUGCAUCAUCCGGGUUUCUACCUGGAACAGACUCAAUUAUCUGAAGAAUGGAGUACUGAAGUCUGCCUUAAAAACUGCUAUGUCGCAUGACCCCAUCUCACCAGUGCUUUCUGACCCUCAUCUGGAUGCCCUAGACCAGCGGCUUCUCAGCAUUCUGGCUACAGUGAAGCAGUGCACAGACCAGUUUGGGCCAGAUGUUGUGCUGGUGGAAGACAGGAUGACACUCUCUCAUUUGUAAUUGUAGUGGAACACAGAUGAAACUCCUUUUUUUAAAAAACAAACAAAAAAAGCGAUAGAAAAACAGCACAAUCAGUUCGGAAAGGCUGUGGCCAAGAUGAACUGAAAUGAACAGGAAAGCUUCCGAGCCGGAGAAACAGGUGACGCUGGCUUUUACCUUGGGCUGACAGCAGUGAGGUGGGAAGUCAGAGUUUUGGAUGGCUCAGUACCCAUAAUGGCAUCUUGGCCGUUGUGGUGUGUCCAUUGCCGGCAGUGGACAUUGCACUGGAUAAAAAUGGCUCUUGGUGUUGGUGGAAGCGUGUGGAAUACAGACACUAAUUUGUGGACUGAAUCUAGAGGGGACAAACGGAGAUGAACGAUAUGGUCCUCUCCCCUUCUCUUCCCCACAUAUACUCUUGCGAGUUUUUUUGUCUGAUUCAGGGUUGUACAUAAUCAGCUGUGAGCUGGUUAGGCAUUUUACUGCUUCUUUAGAGAAAGAGGAAGUGGUGAAUAAAAUAAUUAUUAGACUGAAGAGUUGUGCCACCCCCCCGGGGGUGGGAUGUUCUUCUGAAUGCCAUUAGGGGUGGGAGAGGAGACCUCUGCUGCUCACUUGUCUUUUCCUCGAUAAAAGGCUGGGAAUGGGGUUUGCCUCAUAUGUGAUAACGCUUCAGUGUUUUUGCUGAAGUCCUAUCCAAGAAUUAUCCACAGGGAUGGAGAUUUAGGGGAGGACAAGGUGGUUAUACAGCACUUGGUAAUUAAGGGGUUAAAGUAAGUUUCCACUUGUCCUGUCACUGUUUUCCAUUUAUAAGGAACCUGGCAAGGUCUGAGUAGAGGAAAUAGCCUUGCAGUUCUGUGUCCAUACUAACCACAUUUUCAUCGUAUUGUAGCCGAGGAGGAGGACAGCAUCUGUCCUUGGAAGCAGGUUCUGUUUAGCGAGGUCAUGCUGCUUACUGUAUGCCCUGUUUAAUUUGGGGAAUCUGGGCACGUUGCACUGGCAAAAGAGAGGUGUACUGCUGGACUUCCCCAGCAACCAACAGCCAUGGCAAGGCCCCGAAGAGUGGAGAGAACCCUGAGUUGUGCUCUUUCUUCCUCAUGGCAUGUGGAGAGAGAUUCCUGCUGCUCGAGGUUGUAACCACAGCUCACUGCUGCUGUUUGGUGGACACUAGUAGUUUUUCAGUCCCGCUGUCUACCUGGCCUGGCUUGUGGGUGAGCUCUGAAGCUGUGAGCAUUUCCAGUAAGUUUUCUGCCUUCCCCAGCUGCUUCCUGCAACCCCCACUCUGAUGUUCUGACUGGAGCGAUCAUCCUGGAGUGCUCGCUCCUCAUGGUUUCGCCAUAGAUAGGGGACAGUUGGUGUAAGUUGGCUUUUCAGGGCAGACUUGCAGCACUUGUCCUACUCCUGUCAUCCUUCAGCACUGUGUCAGCUUGCAUUGCUUAUGAGCUUGUGGCUGUAAAACUUGUCGCACUUGUGGUAGGUCUGAAUCUCUGUCUCUAGAAGGGAAGCAGCUUCGUCAUUGCAUUUCCAAAUUUAACAGGUUUGCUUCGAUUUUCAGUUCAGACAGUAUGGUCCUCAGAAGUAAGGAAGGACCCCACUUCCCAAAGUGAUCAUAUAUUAUUGAACUUGUGAGCAAGAGCAGCAAAAUGUCAGUUUAAGACCUUUUUCUUGAUGUCAAAAUCUUUCUAGCUCUGCAGUAGUGUGGCAGGCAGAUAAAGAGCUGUUUCCUGUUCUUGCACCUGAAGCCAUACUGAUCAAAGAGGUGUUAGUGAGUUUAUUUUUAAAAUGCAGUUUUAUUUUGUUGAAGUUUUUUAUCAUUGCCUGAGCAGAGUAUCUUGAAAGCAGAAUGCAACUGUUUACCUGAAAUUGAAUUUUAUGUUCUAGAUCUCUUCUGGACUUGGCCACAUCACAGACCCACCCCACAGUUGGGAUGGGACGCAGAGUUAGUUAUUGGUGUUACUAGUCAGGACCGUAACGCACAGCCAGCUUUUAGGACACUGGUGUUAAGCUAGUGCCUGUUUAUUGCUGUACUUGAUAAUCUAACACAUGCUUUAGAAGCCGUGGUCCUUUGGGGAGCGUAACCCACCAGCGUGGAUUGUUCCCUUGUGUGCUCAGCUGACGGUGAGCAUGGGCAGGAGCCACGCAGGGAUCGCUGCCCGGCUUGGCUGGCAGGCAGACCUUGGUGCUUGAGCGAGACAGCAUUGGGAAGUACUGUGGGCAACAGCGAGGUGGUUAGGGAAUGCUUUUAUUCUAAAGCAGAACAGAUUCAUGCUGAGGCAUUUUGGCAUAAACUGUUUCCCAGGAAAUUGAAGAUGAUUUACGCAAAGGGGAGAUGGCGAAGCAUGUGGUAGUGGUAGAAAACUAUGUUCUCUUUGAGCUUAAUCAUGAGCACUUAAUAUUUUGGGAAGGAUCUACCAAAAUUUGAAGUUUUGAUUUAUAUUUGAUCACUCUGGAUCAUUUAAAUUUGAUUUAAUAACAGAGUAAAAAAAAAAAAAGUCAUUCUGUCUUUAUGAAAUUAAAUUAGUGUUCAGGGCUUAUGUAUUGCUUGUUCACGGGGCUCUAAGCUGAAGCUUUUGCUGUCAGAUGGACCCUGGGGAUAAGUUUUCCCCCCUGGUGUGAAUGUCAAAGAUUUAAAGCAUUGUAUUGGCUUAAUUGUAAACAAAGGGCAUGAAGUCUGGCAUCAUCAGUAGGAGGAAGCAAGAAAUGAUUACUUUUUUUUCUUCUUUUUUUGUCAUGUUGAUGCUUCUGGUCACUGUAAACACCACUGGAGCUUGGUGUUCUGCAGCAGGAAAGAAGAAUAAAUUCCUCUCUUACCCAAAAUCAGGACGAUCUGAGUUUGGCCUUGUGAUAAUCUCUGGCAUUUUGGCAGUGAUUGUUGUUUUGCUUGAAUACAGAACCCUGAGAAAAUCUAAAUUGUAACCAUUGCAAAGGAAAUCAGAAGCAGCACCCCCAUGCAAACAGGGUCUGCUUGAAUCUCUGAAAAAUAGCGUUGUUUGUGAGGCAGGUGCUAUGCGCUGUCGAUGAGGUUUUCAUGACACCUUCUGAUUCUUGUUCACUGUGCACACUGUAAUUCGCUGGCUCCAGAUGUUACAAAAUGGUUGUGUUGCGGAUAUUAGUAAUAUCAGAGCGCUUGAAGCACAGAAAUCAAGAACUAAUUAAAACGAGAGCAUCAUCAGCCAUCUGCUAUUUAUCUCCUCCUUCCGAAGUCAGCAGUCGGGCUGGAGGAGACACUGAAGUCGGCUCCUCUUCCAGCAGCUAAUGAACUGGAGUGUGUCUUGCCAAACAAACUUCAACUGAAAAAUACUAAUUUAUUAAGAAGGUAAUUUAUUUGCUGUGGCAGCUGGAGCAAGAUGCUUGAACCAGACACCCCUCUUGGAGCUGUCAGAGGAUUGCCCCUGGGAGCAGCUGCACAAAUGGAGAUUGCUAAUAAGAAAACAGAAUGCAAUCAUGACUUUCUACUUGUAUCCCCCGGGGUCAGAUUCCGCAUAAAGCAACAUUGUGUGAAUAAAGAUUUUAAUAAAGCAACAUUGAUGGAUUGUU